CAUUGACUUGGAGUUCCAAGGGUCAUAUUGGAUAUCAAUGCAGCAUUGCCAGAUGUGAGAUACAGCUAAUUUUAACAAUGAUUUUCUUCAAAAAUAACGCAAUGGGGCUGUAGAAAGCACGGUGUUCGAGGGCAGGGAGCGAGGUGUUGCUCUGGGGAAGGGAAAAGAUAUGAACUUAAUCAGUCAAGUGUUGUGGCAGGGAGGACGGUGGGGCGCUGCCAUCAAGUCUGUCAACCCGGCCAGGAGAACUGUGACGCCAGCAGUAAAUACACUAGGGAGAAGAAGGUCUUACAGAGCUUCCUUCCCAGGUGUCCACAGAGGUCUCCAUACCACCUUCGUCAGGAUGAGCGAGCAGAACGGUAUCCCGGAGGCGUCCUCAGUGCCUACAGCUGGCAUUAUCAUAAUUGGUGAUGAGAUCUUGAAAGGCCAAACUCGUGAUACAAACACCCACUUUCUAUCAAAGCAUCUACAUAGUUAUGGUGUAAAAGUUCAAAGGGUUUCUGUGAUACCAGAUGAUGUUCCAACCAUAGCAAAAGAAGUAGCCCAAUUUUCCAAGGCAUACACAUUUGUCCUAACAUCAGGUGGCAUUGGUCCCACACAUGAUGACCUUACAUUUGAGGGAGUUGCAGCUGCUUUUGAAGAGAAAGUCCACCCACACCCAUUGUUAGUCAAGCUUAUAAGCGGGUUUUUCAAAACUGAUGAUCUCAGCUCUCCAGCUAUGAAGAUGGCUCACAUUCCUGAGAGUGCAGAGCUUCACUUUGGAGAGGAUAAAUCAAAGGGUGUUAAAUCACGUUACCCAAUAAUUUCAGUGAAGAAUGUGACAAUAUUUCCUGGAGUUCCACACCUGCUUGAGAGAGCCUUUGCAUUACUUGGAGAGAAACUAUUCCACAGGCCUGGCAUGGGUUUUAAAGUCCAUCGUGUGUUCCUUACUGCUGAUGAAGUCAGUAUUGCAACAUAUUUAAAUGACACUGUUGCCAAAUAUCCAUCUGUGUCUUUUGGUUCAUAUCCCAAGUUAUUUCAUAGUUACUACAAAACUAAGAUUACUAUGGAGUCACUAGAUGAGGAAAUAUUACAGGAGGCUGAACAGUAUUUCAAAAGCCAACUUGAAGAAGGAACAGUGAUUGACUACAUGGAAGACACUGUCACUUCACCUUGGGACUACAUUGAUAAUCUUUCUGUACUAAAUCCUUCUCUGGAAGCACCACUUCAAGAAGCACUGGAUAUCUUAAACCAAUGUUUUGACAGAUACAGCCCUGAGGAAAUCUGUAUUUGUUAUAAUGGCGGGAAAGAUUGUCUAGUUGUACUACAUUUGGCAUAUGCUUUAAUGCAGAAGAAGUAUCCCAAGAACAAGCUUCAAGCUGUUUACAUAACUGAACCCAAAGCUUUUCCACAAGUCACAGAAUUUGUACAACAUUCUGUAAAUAGGUAUGACUUGGAUUGUGAUAUUAUACCAGGGCCCAUGAAGGCAGCUUUAGCAAAGGUCCUGGAAAAUAGACCAAAGAUCAAAGCAAUGAUUAUGGGCACUCGUCGUAGUGAUCCAUACUCUGAUGAAUUGGACUUUUUCUCUCCAACGGAUAAGGAUUGGCCAGCAAUGAUGCGAGUUAAUCCUAUUCUCAAUUGGAAAUAUAGUAAUGUGUGGGAUUUCAUCCGAGGCCUUUAUCUUCCUUACUGUCCUUUGUAUGACAGAGGGUAUACAUCUCUAGGAAGCCAAGACAACACAUUACCCAAUCCUUUGUUGGAGACGAGAGAUCGCAUUGGCCAAGUUGUCUACCUUCCUGCAUAUACCCUCAAAGAAGAGGACAUGGAACGUAAAGGUCGCAUCUCCAGUAAACACUGAAAAAUUUUGCAUGAUAAUGAUACCAGUAUUUGUAUUUUCAUAUGAAAUUUUUACACAUGACUGUUACUUGAGGUUAAAUUUCUCUAUGGAUAUUUCUACCAUUUCAAAUUUACAUGAACUUAAAGUGGACUUUGUUUUUUUUAUCAUUAUUAUUUUUUUUAAUGCACUUUUUUAUCUCCUUUCAUUCUUCCCACUUUUUAUAAUGAUAUAUUCCAAUUUCUAUUUCAAGGCUACCUUUCAAGAGCUCUGACAAAAGAUAGUUACUUUAUACCUUAAACUUAGAAAGCACCCAGUUAAGUGGCACGUAUAUUUAGGAUUUUAAAAAUAUGCAUAUGCCAUUUUAUUAGUAGAAUUAUGACAACCCCUUCUGUCUUUUCAAAACCAAUUGUCUUAAUUCAGUUGGUGGCUGUUUGUAGUAUUGAGAUUUAGGAUUGUUGUUUUUUCAUGAAUCAAGUAAAUCACAGUUAUGCUGUAAAAAGUAAAAAAGCAUUGUCAUGGAACAUUUAGAGAUUGCAGAUAAAAAUACCCAAAGUUUAGCUAUUACAUUAAUGCUCCAAGUAAUGUUUUACUUUUAUAGUCUUACUCUGAAAAAGCUAUAAUAGCAUAUAUGUUAUAUAUGGUCAUUGUUGAUGUUAUUUUGAAUAGAAAAUAUAUGUUUCAAUUUUACAGUAGUAAAAACAUUUAAUUAUCAUAUCUUAAUGCAACAUUUAAUAUAAUUUCACUUUGUCAAUAAUAUUCACAGCAUUUCAACUUUUACAAAUUUAAUAAUAUAAUAUUAAACAUGUCUUCAAAUUUUAUGAUUGCAUAGUAUAAUUUAUUACAAUUUCUGAAUUCUUUUCUUUGACAUGACAGUCAUUUUAUGACUGUUUUAUGCCAAGUUGAAUAUCAUAUGAAAAUAAACAUUUUUGACAUGUAAUAAUUAGUUACAUGUAAAGUCAGUAGCUACCUCUAGAUUUUGAUUGAGCUAUGAAAUUUUAUCUUUUUUUCCCUUUUAUUUAUACCCCACUAUUAAUUUCUCAUAUCCAAACAUGUUAUUAAGUAGAGAUUAUAUAUGAAUCUAAUUUCCUGUUAUAGUAACAUAUUUUUGUAACAGAUAAUCAUGUCAGUGUUAUUUUUUACCUGCAGAAAUAUUUUUAUAUUAUUUAAGAAAAAGAAAUGACAAAAUAAUUUCCCACUGUACUUAUGUUGCUUUUAAGUAAACUCAGGAGAAGUAGUGUGGUAUCUAAGGGCACAUGUUUAUGUUACCUCACUGUGUGCACAAGGUAAUUCUUUGGGUGUGUUAUUGGUGCAUAUAUUUUAGAGCUACAGAGUUGUUUAUUUUUAAGUUUGUUUCAUUCAGAUGUGUCUUUUUCACAUCAAUUUUGUGAAUAAAUACAGUAUAUAUCUGUAGCUGUUAGUAAGCUCUUGAUUUAUCAGUAUUUACAACUGAUGAAUAUUUUAUGUUUGUAAGUAGGGUUUAUAUUUCUGAUUUUUAGAAUAAACAAGGCAUGUCCUUUGAGAUUACAUAACCCAUCUACUUAAACAAUAUUCUUGUAUUAACUGGAGUCUUAAAAAUUGGCAAGUGACCAGUAAAGCGAUUUUCUUGGUGUGCAUUGGCAGUUUCCCCCAUUUAUGCCCAGCUCAUUCAGUACUUCAAGUAGAACAUUAGCUUGUAGCUAUUUGAUAAACCAGAGUUUUAAAAAGAUAUAAAUAACAGUUUCCCUUCACUAAGUGCCUGUGUCUAUUAGUGACACCAAACAAAUGAUGGCACUUCUUUAGAAGAAAUACAAUUUCCCUCUGAUAAGCUGGUAGCAUGAGGUAUGUUGUUAUAUAGUGCCAUCCAUGACUCAGUCCACCACAGCCAUUGCAUGAUUCAUGUCAUCCACGACCAAAGGGUUAAAACUUUCUUCAUUCAUUACUUCUUUUUAGGAAAUACAUCUUGCUAAUCCAGUUUACUAUUACAUUAUCAUUAUAAUUUAAAGACAAGAUGGAAAAAAUGGCAAGUAUAAUGCAAAUGCUUGGUUACUUAUCGUAGAAACUUCUAAAUCUUUUUAUACUUAUCUUAAUUUACAAUUUGCAUUUGUUGUUAUAAGUACCAGCUCUGUAAAAAGUGCCUUAUAACCUUCAAUAAAUUACAUGUUCUAGCAUAUCUUUCCUAAUGAGAAGUGAUGCUAGAGCAUAUAGUCCUUGUUGGAAGUGAUGCUAUUACAAGCAAUAAACUAUAUGCACAAGUGAUGUAGGAAUAUGUAAACAAUGUAAACUGAUGGCACUUUGUUAUGCCUGUGUAGUCUUCUACAGAAUUAUACAUGUAGCACUGGGAGUGAUUUAACCAAAUCAAAAUAUUUGUUUAAUUUUAUAGUAUAUUUCAUAUUAUUGUAAAGCUAAAUAUGAAGAUAAAAUGGUUUGAUAAUUUGGUUAAAAGCGUUAUAUCAUUUAAAUAUUCGUAUACAUAUUGUUCAAACCAAAAAAGUUAAUAUAAAUGUUAUGUAGGGUAUUUUCUUUGUUCGUUGUUGACUUUCCUCAUCUUACGAAGUUCAUAUUUAACACUAAAUUAUGACAGGAAAUACUGUGGCAGAUAUUUUGGGUAUAUAUAAUUUCUGUAAUUUUUAAAGUUGUCUCAUUAAGGUGAGUAAUUAAGGUAUAGGUAGUUUCUCAUAACCAGAUACAUUAGUUAAACAACUAAACAAUAACCUUUUUUUAAGAGUGAAUCAGUCUGAAGUAUAAAUUUUCAUACUAGUAAUCUGUCUCUAGUUCCAGGGUUUAUCAGUUUUAUGAACAUGUGAAGCACUAAGCUACUUGAUGUGGUAUUGAUGUGUUAACAGUUAACCACCUGCUUCGGUCCUGCGAGUUUAGUAUAUCUUCUCAACAAAUAUUCAGUUUUGAAUUUACCUUCCUCACCACUUAAAUAAUAAUUGAUUCAUAAGUUGACUCUAGUCAGUUCUCUUAUUAAUAAAAAAAAUGCAUUGUGCUUGUUUAGUGUUACUGGUUUCACAAUAUUUGUAUCAUGAUUUUUUCUAUCAAUAGUCUCAUUCAUCAGCCUGAGAGUGAUAUAUAACCCAGAUGUUAUUUAUUGUUCUCCGACACUGGAAAUUUUGAAGGGCAUAUGAAAUAUACAUUCUCAACUUCAUAUAUUAACUUUAUUUGGUGGUCUGAGUGAAGUACAAUUAUAUUUAGGGAUUAUUUUUAAAAAAUAUAUGAAGAACUCACCUUGCACAAAAUACAAGUAGUAUCUCUCAAAAAGAAAUUAUAAAUAUAUAAUUUGUCUGAAUUUCUAAGUAAAAUAGACUAGUUAUCUUUCUUGGAAGUGUAAACCACUGGCUAUAUCUUGUUAUCUUGUUAACCAGCAAUUAGCAAUAUAAAUUUGCUGUUCAAAUGUGAACAAUAAAAUAAUAUCUACAUAUUUUGCAACAGUAAGAGUGUAUAAAAUUAAAAACAUCAAAAUACUAAA